UCUCUCUCUCUCUCUCUUUUGCCUUCUCAAUUCCCACCGUUGUUUCGCUCCUCCCACCCGCCGCCGCCGCCGCCUCCUCCUCCCUCCCCUUGACUCGCGACGACGACGGCGACGCGAGCUCGCCGGAGGGUCGCCGCCUCCCCUUCCCCUUCGCGGUAGCCGCGCGCGGCUUCCUCCUCCCGCGUCGCCGCCUCGCACAUUGGGGAUCUCCCGUUCCCCGUUCCCCCGCGCACCGCUGGAAGGCUAUUUUGCCGCGGCCGCAAACCCUAGCUUCCGCCGCCGUGGUGAGGGGCGGUGGCGGGAAGGGGAUCGAGCGGUGCGGAAGGUGUUAUUGGACAUUGAUUAUCUUUGGUGGAUGACGUCCUCGCAAUAAAGUGGGUCAGUGUUUCGAAAGAUUCUGCAAGAUGUUCAGAGAGGGUUUAGAAACUAUUACCCUAGAAGAUUAUUACUGAUGCCAGUACGUGAACGGAAAAAGAAAAAGGGAAGGUGGCUUGCUUAACCGAAGGGAAGAAAUGACCAAAGCUACUCCUGUUAAAGCAAGCAAGAACCUUCAAUUGCAGAAACAAUCUCCAACUAACUUAAAAGAAACAAAUGGCCAUGUUUGUAAGAAGGAAGUGGUGAAUGGCGAGUGUCCUGUCCGUGACGUGAAAUGCAUUAGCACUUGGAUCUGUAAGAAUUUGGCCUGUAAAGCUGUUGUAACAUCUGAAGAUUCCUUCUGCAAGAGGUGCUCAUGUUGUAUUUGCCAUCAGUUUGAUGACAAUAAGGAUCCUAGUCUAUGGUUGGUUUGUGCAUCUGAAAAUGAUGACAAGAACUGCUGUGGGUCUUCUUGCCAUAUUGAGUGUGCGCUCCAACACAAGAGGGUUGGCUGCUUUAAUCUUGGGAAUAUUAUUCAACUUGAUGGGAGUUAUUCUUGCGCUUCAUGUGGAAAGGUUUCCGGAAUACUAGGUUAUUGGAAAAGGCAAUUGGUGAUUGCCAAAGAUGCACGCCGAGUAGAUAUGCUCUGCCACCGCAUCUAUUUGAGUUAUCGGCUACUGGGGGGAACUACCCGCUUUAAAGAAUUGCAUGGUAUUAUUGAAGAUGCAAAAGCAAAAUUGGAAAGUGAAGUUGGUCCACUGGAUGGAAUGUCGGCAAAGAUGGCACGUGGUAUUGUAAGCAGGUUGCCUGCUGGUAGUGAUUUGCAGAAACUUUGCUCUCUAGCUAUUGAAAGAGCUGAUGAGUUGCUGAGUUCCCCAGACCUGCAUCUUCAAGAUUCCUUACCUGCUGCCUGUAGAUUCAGAUUUGUAGAGAUAACAUCUUCUUCCAUUGUUAUUAUUCUAAAAGAAACUCCAUUACCAUCCUCUGACACUAUCAGGGGUUAUAAACUAUGGUACUGGAAGAGCAGAGAGGAGCCAAGCAUGGAAGAGCCUGUAGUUUUGUCCAAAGAUCAAAGAAAAGUACUUGUUUUUAACCUUGCCCCAUGCACACAGUAUUCCUUCAGAAUUAUAUCAUUCACAGAUGAUGGGAUACUAGGCCAUUCUGAAUCUAAAUGUUAUACGGGGAGCAAGGAGUUAUUGUUUAAACGUACCACACAGAAUGUAGCGGGAGCAGAUGCACAUACACAUAGAAGAGAGAAGACACAGGCUUUUAAGUCGACUGGAUUUAAGAUCCGAGAUGUUGGGAAGAUAUUGCGGCAAGCUUGGACUGAGGAAGGCCGUUUUGAAGGGUUUUGUGAAGAUAUGCAUGAAGCUUCAUGUGACAGAAGUGUCACAGACGUGGAGCAAACAGAGAACAGUGAACAGGGUCAAUUGUUAUCUGGUGCGUGCCGCAAACUUCAGUUCAGCACAUUUUCUGUUCCUGACCUAAACGUUGAGGCACCUGUCCCCAUGGACAUUUCCCCGGACAAGUGUUACAAUUCAAAGAUUGUACCAGUAAGAUCCAACGAUAGUGGUGGCUCAGAGACCUGCGCGGUGGGCCGGAGUGCUGAAGCUGAACCACCUGCUGUUGAAUCUCGGCCAGAGGGCUGUGAACAAGAUGGUGCUUCCACUAUUUGCCGUGAGAAGCAGCUUGCAAGACCGAGGGAGUUGGAUGAGGACUUUGAGUACUGUGUGCAGAAGAUCAGGAUGCUGGAAUGCAAGGGACACAUAGAUAAUGAUUUCAGGAUGAAGUUCUUGACCUGGUUUAGUCUAAGAUCAACGGAGAAUGACCGUAGAGUUGUAACUACAUUCAUCAAAACACUAAUCAAUGAGCCAAGUGGUCUGGCUGAGCAGCUUGUUGAUUCCUUUGGAGAAGCCAUAAACUGCAAGAGGCAACGAAAUGGUUUCUGCAAUGAGCUUUGGCAUGAUGACAAAGGACAAUAAUUCAAGAUUUUGCUAACUCAUUGAUAUCCUACAGUUUUUAUGAUCAAAUGCAGUGACAUCUGUUUCGGUUGACCACUACAUUUAGGAUUCAACAGCAAAAGAGGGAGGAGGACAUUGAUGGAGGUGACAAAUUUUUAGGCACCAAAUAGGCUGCACCAAAAGAAUUCUUUUUCCACCAAGAAUUUGUGGAAAUAUUUUUUUUCAUUGGUUCAGUAGUUUCUAGUUUCCUGUCGAAAUCUGAAAGGUCUCGUGGUGUUGUAUCUCUUGCUACCUCUGCUAGGUAAACUUACGAAUAAUUUUUUGGCACUAGAUAUUGGCUAGACAGGCUUAUAUUCGUGUAUAUGUUACUUAAUUUGGUUAGUAUACAUCUUUCAAAUGCUUCCCGUUGAGCAUUGCUUUGUCAUUGAGCUGAUAGUCGUUGAGCAUUGCUUUGGCUUUCAGUUGA